CAAGGUACAUGCAAAACAACAACUUAAUGUGCUUCUGAAAUUGAAGGAUCUAGUAUCUAGGAACUUCCGAAUCUGAACUAACGAUGGCCGAAGGACCUAAUCCAGUUGAUCCAGUUGUUGCUGAUCUCGAGCAAGAGGUGACCUGUGGCAUCUGUCAUGACCGCUACCAGGAGCCAAAGCUGCUCCCUUGUUGUCACUACUACUGCAAGCAAUGCAUCCUCACACUCUCCAGUCGCUACCAACCCAACCAGCCGUUCCCUUGCCCCGACUGUCGUGAGCCCACUCUGUUGCCUGACAACAACCCAGACAGACUGCCCACUGCAUUCUUCAUCAACCGGAUGAAAGCACUCCACUCGAGGAUGGAGAAAGCUCACGGCAAGUUGGAGACCACCUGUGAAGUGUGCUCUGGGGGAAAGGCCACUGCAUUCUGCCGACAGUGUGUCAAUUUUAUCUGUGAAAAAUGUGUAGAAUCUCAUCAACGUAUGAAAGCCGUGUUUGCUACACAUAUCGUCUCCACUCUGGACGAGCUCAAACAGGGCGGAGUGAAAGAACUAACAUUCGAAAACCUACCACCCCCAAAAUGUGAUGAUCACGAAGAACUAAAAAAGAUUUUCUGUUUCGAUUGCAACAAGCUCAUCUGUCGAGACUGUAUCGUUAUUGAACACGCUGGACACAAUUACGAAUUUGUAAAGAAAGCCGCCCCCGCAACUCGCAAAAAGCUGACGGAGCACCUCUCCCCACUCAAGAACCUACUGCCUGAUCUGAGCACCGCUGUGAAUCAAGUGAAAGGAACUAAACAGAAGAUUCAGGCCCAGAAAGAACUGACAGAGAGACAAGUGAAUGCCAAGUUCCAGGAGCUACACGAUAUUCUCGAUCGAUGCAAGGUCCGUGUUUUACGAGAAUCUUCUGCUUUGGCUGAUUCAAAGAUGGAGAAGCUGACAGUUCAAGAGAAGGGUCUGGACCUGUCCCUGGGCACUGCUCAGAGUUUGAUUGACUUUGUAGAGCGUACACUGGAGAAUGCAAGUGAUGAAGAACUGAUUACGAUGCAAGAGCAGGUGGUGAGUCGAAUCGAUGCCGAGGUGUUGAAGCGAGGGAAGGAAGCAGCCAAUCCUGAUCCAGUGGAGAAAGAUGAUUUUGGAGUCGAAGUGUUUGUUUGUGAGGAUCUCAAGAAGUUGUGUGAGAACAAUGUGAGAGUGUAUGAUGGUAAAGUGGAUCCAGCAAAGUGCACUGUGGAAGGAGAUGGAGCUAGAACUGCUGAAAUUGAUAAACCUAACAAUUUUUCGAUUCUUGUGGAAUGUAAUACACAAUUAAAGCAUCCUACAAUACAAGUGGUUUUAAAAUCGCUAGUUGAUCAAUCAUCUCAACAGCUACAAGCAGUGCCUGUGAGGGGUGGAGUGUACAGCGUUGAGUACACCCCUAGGAUACGUGGUCGACACCACCUCCUGAUCUCAGUGGAUGAUCAGCCCAUCCCAGGAAGCCCCUUCUCUAUGUUCAUUAAAAUACCCCCCACCAAGCUGGACAAACCAGUGAAGGUGAUAACAGGAAUCAAUAACCCUCGGUAUAUGGCAUUUAAUUCGUUAGAAGAACUGAUUGUAACUGACGGUAGUGGUGAUGUUUUGGUGUUUGACAAGAAAGGAAAACAAAUUCAAAUCUUCAGCAAAUCAAAGCAUGGGGUUGACAAUAUCUAUGGUAUGGCAGUAGACAAGGAGGACAACAUCUAUGUCUGUGACUGCAGCAAACACUGUGUGUACAAGUUCAACAAAAGAGGAGAUCUACUGAAGAGGUUUGGGACGAAGGGAAGUGGUCCAAAGGAACUCAACUGGCCUCGAGGGAUAGCAGUCGCUGGUGAUCAAGUGUUUGUGUGCGAUCAAGACAAUCACAGAGUCCAAGUGUUGACGACAGAGCUGGAGCCAGUCAAGCAGAUUGGUUCAAAGGGAACUGGUAAUAGACAUUUUAACCACCCAGAGGAUGUUGCAGUGGACAAUGAACAAAUGAUGUAUGUCACUGACUAUGGUAAUCAUCGUGUUCAAGUGCUCACUAUGGAUGGUCGGUUUAUUCACUCGAUUGGAAAGAAAGGAAGUGGACAAGGAGAUCUGUCUGACCCGUAUGGUGUGUGUGUCACUGGUUUUGUUUAUGUUGCUGAGGAUAGUAACAAUCGUGUGUUAGUGUUCACUAAAGACGGUCAGUUUGUCACAUCAUUUGGUAAUGGUCAUAUCACUGAUCUUUAUGGAGUAGCUGUGGACAGUGAUGGUUUUGUUUAUGUGCGCAGUCAAGAAUCUGUUGUUAUAUUUUAGUUGUGUGUAGCAAUCUGUGUUUUAUGUGUAUGUACUGAGAAGCAGUUAGUUGUACUGACGAUCUUUACCUGCCUGCUGCCAAUUUUGGGAAAGAUCGUUUGUGAUUGUGUUAUGAUGAUCUUUACCAUCUUAUUACAAGUGAAAAUGGACAAGUACCUAGCACACUCUGUAUCUGAAGUUGCAUCAGUUGCAUGGACCCAUUAUACAACUACAGAGAGAGCAGAGCCACUGCUUGCGAGACUCCACUAUCAAUCAGAUCUCAAUAACCUCACUAAAAGUGACAAUCUCAAUGAACAAGAUUGAAGUAUAUACCGGUACCCACUGAUGACCAACCAAGCUCUGAAGAUAGACCAUUUGACCCCUACACGGCCCAGUCCCUAGUUUGUGAGCUCAACAACCAGGUGAUGAUGUCUCAAGCAUUAGCAGCAGAAGCCACGUUCAUUACACAGCAAGCUACAUUUGAGGUACAAGAUCAGCCCCUCCCCCCAGAGGAUGAAGUCAGAGAAAUGCAAGUCCCCCCCCCCCCCGGAAAAUAUUACGAUAGAAACUAUUGUAUCAGAAAACACCACACGACAGCAAAGUGAUGAAGUCAUAGCAAUGCAAGACAACUCUCUGCAGUAUUUGGCCGAAUAUAUGGUUGGAAAAUUUCCGUAUCGUGUGCUUGUGCUGCCAAGACAAGGUUCACAGAGGUCACCAGUAGAGCACAUCCAAUGGACACCACUAUAGACAAAGCUUCACCCAAAGAGCCUACAAUGGAUACACUAUUAUUGUCCGACACAAGGAGACCAAUUGUCAACGAUGUCAUUGCAAGUACUGCAGGUGAACAGUCCUGACCGUGUCUAGAUACAACAGCUGGCUGAGUACCCAGAGCAUGACCUGGAGGAGCUAUCAGUUGCCAUAACCACCAGUGACCCCAACACUAUGAGCAGAGGCGAGUUGAUGGUUGGACUGUAUUGUGCUGUGCUGUGCUUGUGAGUGUUGGAGGCACUCAAGAGAGAGAAGAGGAUGGCUUCUACAGGAGAGCUAGAGUGACAGAGGUCAAUCGACCACACUAUAUUGGACAGCCUCAGGCUACACUGGAGCUGAUAGAUUGUGGCUCAACGAUGCACAGUGUGUCACUCCUCUACAAGCUCCCGCACGGACUGAGAGUGGGCGUGGUCCCUCCCCUGGCCCUCCCCACGGCUAUUGACGGCCUCUACUCAACAUUCAAUCACGGAGAGGAAUGGUUCCCACUGGACAAACAGCUACUAUGGAAAACACCUACGACACAAAAUGGUGUUUGCCAAGGUUUCCAGGAAACCAUCCGGGCUACAAGUUGGUGUCGUCGAUAUCUACUAUGAUCGUGUUGGCAAGAACAGAGUAACCAACCUGCUCCUCACUAAAGGACUAUACCUCAGCUCCACCUCUCUGCUAGCCGAGACCACACCCACACUUUAAACCACCCCCUCACAAGCAGUGACCAAUCCCCCACGAUCAUUACUAUUUUGGUUCAGUUACCUCCUAAAGAACAAAACAAUCUUAUCUUCUCACGACCCUCAAAACAGAAACUAUUUGUGCACUGAAGAGACAUCAUCAAUGUCAGCUGCACCAGCUAACUUGUUCAAUGGCCUCAAAGUGUCUACUUGUGAGAAAUAAUUAUUAUGAUGAAGUGCAUGUCUACGUAUAUACAAUAAUUAGGGGGGGGGGGGGUUGUAGUUGAACAUCUUUCAACAGCCAUAACUUUUACACCGUUGAUCCAAUGUCGAAAAUUUUCUGUUAUUCUGAAAGCUUAGAAAGAGACCUUUCAAAUGAUGUGUUUCAAUCCAAAACUUCUUCGGAGCCUAAAUUUAACAUUUUUCGGCCUCGGACCAUGGGCUAUAUAAUCCAUGGUAUCGCCAAAUUGGCAAAUAUUUUUAUCUCUCAAAUACGAAGUUUGAUGACACCAUUUGAAAGGUCUUUUUCUGAGCUUUCAGAAAAUCAUAAAAUUUUUGACAUUGGAUCCACAGAAUUCAAGUUAUAGCAGCUGAAAGAGUCCCCGAACCAUUGAUUAAAUUGUGGAGGGGGAACAUCUUUCAACAGCCAUUAACUUGAGUACCGUUCAUCCAAUGUCAAAAAUAUUCGGAUUUUCUGAAAGCUUAGAAAGAGACCUUUCAAAUGAUGUGUUUCAAUCCAAAACUUCUUCGGAUGACACAUGGACUGUUUGUUGUGUGUCAUCACGUACACACCGUUACUAUCCCUCA